CACCUCAGGGUCUUGCCUGCUGUGAGUGCCUUGAAGAGGGAGCAGCGGGCACGGCCAAAGAGACACCUGGCUCAAGGACCAAUAAGGAGUAUGGCUGCCCCUCCCAAAGCUCCCAUCCGUGUCAGGAAUUUGACCAUCAGAGCAGGAGUCCUCACUGGGAAGGAGAACAACAUGCUGCAGCCCGAGACCCACAUCUUCACAGCCUCUGAGGAGGGGAGCUCCCAAGGCGCUCUGCUGCUUGGCCAGGCCCCAGAAUCUUUGUCUCUGCCUUGUACUCCAGUGACCUUGGAGCAGCAACUGGUUUCUCCUUCUGGAGAUCCCCACAGGGCCCCUGCCCUGCCCAGCAUAUGCUCAACUCUGGUCCUCCAGCCCUGUGCCACCCUUGACCCUCUUCUACUGCAGCCACAGGUCCCCAAAAUCUCUGACCAGGCUUUGGUUUCUGCCCACUCAGAGUGGCAGCGGAAACUGGAGGCCGCUGAGGCUCUGCUGACUCUGAGAAACUCUGCCCAGGUCCCUCCUGACUCCAUGUCCCUGCACCAGCCUUGCAACCCACCAGCUCCUGCUGGAGAUAAAGGAUUCCAGCCUCCCAGCCCCUCUCUCCGCCCCAGGCCAGCCAGCUCCAUCUCGCUGCCUAUUGGACAUCUGGGAUGCAUCUCCCUCUUGAGCUAGGAACCCAGGGGAGGAGGCCUCAACAGAGCACUGCCUAUUUGGUAUCCAGUUUCUGAAAGUGCAAAAUGGUUAACGUCCAAAACGCUUAACGUCUUUUUUUUUUUUUUUUAAGCCUUCAGGUGUUUUAUAAGCUUUUUAUUAUAUGGGGCAAUUCCUUGACUGAAGGUGGAUAUUCUUGUACCUCUAUCCCUUACUCUUUUGGAUGCCGGGGCCUUUUUCUGUUUCAUAAAGACAGGAUUGUGCAAUCUAAGUUGAUCAGUCUCUCAGUGGGAUUCUGUGUGGGUUCAUUUGCCAGAGUUUUUAUACGUCUUGUGAUUGCUGACAUACCUGAGCACUCAUGUGUGUACUCAUGCUUGUGGAAACAUGAAGAUGUUUUCACUUUGUGUCUAGGUUUAUGUAUGUGAACAAAUAAUAAACCCUUGUUGUUAUAAGGCA